ACGUGAAAAGCAGUUUGCUGGGAGAGCGCUAUUUUGCUCAUGGUAGGGAAUUAUAUUUAGCUUGAAAAGAACGUAAUUUUGCCAAUUUGAUGUAAGAAAAAUAUCUUGUUCUACUGCUAUUCACGUGUAUAUGUGACCAAGAAAAUUUCAGAAAUUCUCCAGAGUCACAUGUUAUGUUUGUUUGAUUUUUCCAUGUCUGGGUGUGUUUUCCAAUUGAAAGUUCUGCAAUGACUAUCCUUAUUCCCGCCACCUGGUUUCCUUCUCUUUCAAAACCCCAACGUUCAUUUCCUCCACUGAAAACAAGGCCCAUCUUUACCUGCUCUGCUUUUAAACAAAUACGCAACAGCAGUGUACAAUACCCAAAUCCACAAAUAACCCAAUACUCUACCAUAUCGGGUGCAUUUCCUUGUGAAGAAGACACUCUUCUCUUCAGCAACUGGCCUAAGCUCCUAAAGAUUUCAAUUGGCUCAAGAGAUUUCUUGUUGGGUCAGGCAAUUCAUGCUUAUUUAGUUAAAUCAGGCUUUCAAGGUGAUCCAUUUGAAAGGAAUAAUCUUGUCAACCUUUAUGUAAAAUUUAGUAGAUUGGAUUUAGCACAAAAGGUGUAUGAAGGAAUGCUUGUUAGAAACACAAUUACUUGGACUUCACUAAUAAAGGGGUAUUUGGAUGAUAAUGAAUUUGAAUCUGCACUUAAUAUUGCCUCUGAAAUGCAUAAAUCUGGAGAGGCGCUAAAUGAGCAUACUUGUAGUGUAAUUCUGCAAGCAUGUAGCUCUCCGGAUUAUCGGAUAUUUGGGCAACAGUUUCAUUGUUUUGUUAUAAAAUGUGGGUUUGAUGAGAAUGUUGUUGUUGGAACUUCGUUGAUUGCCAUGUACACAAGAAGUAAAUUGUUUGGUGAUGCAGAGAAAGUGUUUGAUAGCAUGGCUUGUAAAGAUGUUCGGUGUUUCAAUUUUAUGAUUUUAGAGUAUGCUAGGGCUGGAAAUGGGGAAAAGGCUAUACGAGUUUUCAUAAAUAUGCUAAAUGCUGGUCUCCAGCCAAACGAUUAUACAUUCACUAACAUCAUUAGCGCGUGCGAUGGGGAUCUGGGUAUAGAGGAAGGUGAGCAAUUUCUGGGGCUUUCUUUUAAGUACGGUUUUCUGAAUGAAACUUCAAUUGGAAAUGCAAUUAUUAACAUGUAUGGAAAGAAGGGAAUGGCUAGAGAGGCUGAGAGAAUGUUUUCUGCAAUGACUGACAGGAAUCUGAUCUCAUGGACUGCGCUUAUAUCUGGCUACACAAGGAGCGGGGAUGGGAAAAAAGCUGUUGAUACAUUCAUGGAGUUGCAUUUGUGUGGUGUUAACUUCGACUCUAGUUUGUUAACUACCAUUCUUGAUGGCUGCUCGGAGUGCAGAAACUUGGAAUUGGGACUUCAAAUUCAUGGACUUGUGAUAAAGCUUGGUUAUGCCUGUGCUGUUAAUAUUGGGACAGCUUUAGUAGAUUUAUAUGCUAAAUGUGGUAACCUAAUGUCUGCAAGAAUGGUUUUUGAUGGUCUUUCCAGUAAGAGAAUUGCUUCUUUCAAUGCCAUUCUGGCAGGGUUUAUGGAAAAUAGCAGAGAUGGUGAAGAAGACCCCAUUGUUUUGUUUAAUCACUUUAGAUUAGAUGGUAUUAAACCAGAUAUGGUGACUUUUUCACGACUCCUUAGUUUAUCAGCUAAUCACAGUACAUUAGGAAGAGGAAGAUGUUAUCAUGCUUAUGCUAUUAAGACUGGAUUUGAAGCUGAUUUGUCUGUGGCUAAUGCUGUGAUUACAAUGUAUGCCAAAUGUGGAAGCAUUGAAGAAGCUCAUCGAAUGUUUAAUGUUAUGAAUGACCAUGAUUCCAUAUCUUGGAAUGCUAUGAUUUCUGCUUAUGCUCUUCAUGGCCAAGGUGCAAAGGUUCUGUUGCUAUUUGAAGAAAUGAUAAAAAAAGAAUUCGCUCCCGAUGAGAUCACGAUAUUGUCCAUUCUUCAGGCUUGCACUUACUCUGGUCUAUUUAGAGAUGGAAUAAGCUUAUUCAAUGUAAUGGAGCCAAAAUAUGGAAUUAAACCGUUACUUGAGCAUUAUGCUUGUAUGGUUGAUCUUUUGGGUCGGGCUGGCCACCUGUCAGAAGCAAUGGAUAUAAUUAACAAAAGCCCUUUUUCAAAGUCAACCCUGCUUUGGAGGACUUUGGUCAACGUUUGCAAGUUAUGCGGUGAUCGGAAUUUUGGAAAGUUGGCUUCAAAAUAUUUACUUGAGUUGUCACCUGUUGAGGCUGGAUCUUACAUACUUGUUUCAAAUAUGUAUGCUGGAGAAAGAAUGUUAGAUGAGGCAGCAAAGGUUAGAACAGUUAUGAAUGACUUAAAGUUAAGUAAAGAAGCAGGUACUAGCUGGAUUGAGAUAGAUGACAAGGUGCAUCAUUUUGUAGCAAGUGGCAAAGAUCAUCCAGAAAGUAAUGAAAUUUAUGCGGAAUUGGAUCUAUUAAGGGAUGACAUGAGAUGGAGAUAUGAUGUAGCUAAUUUUAAUCUGAUUUGGAGUCUUUUAUAAUAAAAAGAGAAGAAUAUUUGUGCUU